UGUGUCGUGCUCACGCCACAGCUUUCCGCGUCACGAGGGGCUUGCUCGCACUCUCCCUCUCUGGCCAGCACCACACUGCUGACUAGCUGGUCCCGUGGUCCACUCUGAAGGGACCCCCUUUGCCCAACACCAGGCUUCCUCAGGCCAGUCUGACUGCCGUCUCCUGCCAGGAACCUAAGACCUGACCUGCCAGUGACUGCGACAAUGUCAUUUCAGUCCACACUCUUUGACACUAUACCGGAACUUUCUUGACUGGACUCAGUUCCGAUAUGGCUAUCAAGGCAGCUAUUUUCGAUGUGGGUGGAGUUCUUUUCAAGAGUCCAAUCAACUUUUUGACGCAACUUGCUGAGAAACAUGGCUUACCACCGACUUUUGCUGUGAAUGUUCUGAGGAAAGGUGCUCCAGAUAAUGCAUUCUGCAGGGCUGAGAAGGGAGAUCUGUCUCUCUCACAGCUUGUUACAGAACUACAGAAUGACUUUGAGCUGUCAGCCCAAGAGAGCAAUGUGGAACUACCACAGACAUUCAGUAUCAAGGAGAUGGUCCUGGGUUUACUCAAACAGCAACCUCAUAGAGAAAUGAUCAACGCUGUUAUCAACUUGAAGAAUCAUGGCUUGAAAACAUGCAUCCUGACCAACAACUUCAUCUAUGAUCUGCCGUCUGAGGCUGAAGAAGACAACCCAAACUUCUUUGUGAUAUCAGGGUUGAUGUUUGAUGAGGUGAUUGAGUCUUGUCGGAUUGGCCUGAGGAAACCUGACUUGGAGAUCUACAGCAUGGCUUGCAAGAGGCUCGGGGUGUCUCCUCAAGAAACCAUCUUCAUCGAUGACCUUAAAGGCAAUCUGAAGAAUGCCCAGAAGCUUGGAAUCAAUACUAUCCUGUUUAAGGACUCGAAAUCAGCUCUAGCAAAGAUUCAGGAACUCACCGGUAUCGAUGUGAGUACUAUCCUGUUUAAGGACUCGAAAUCAGCUCUAGCAAAGAUUCAGGAACUCACCGGUAUCGAUGUCUUUCAACCAGCUGUACCCAUCUCAGCCGAUCCCGACAAAUUAACACACAGUUAUGUCACAACAACGGAUGGUGUAAAGCUGCACUAUGUCGAGAUGGGAGAAGGACCAGCAGUCAUUCUGUGUCAUGGUUUCCCUGAAUCUUGGUAUUCCUGGAGGAAACAGAUUCCUGCUUUGGUCUUAGCUGGCUAUCGAGUCAUUGUUCCUGAUCAGAGAGGCUUUGGUCUUUCCUCAGCCCCACAGGAUAUCAAAGGCUACACUCAGGAAUGUUUGAGUGCGGAUCUGAUAGCACUUCUUGAUUCUUUGAGCAUACGUAGAGCUGUCUUUGUUGGUCAUGAUUGGGGCGGUGCCGUCGUGUGGAAGAUUGCUCUAAGGUAUCCAGAGCGCACAAGAGGUGUGGUUGGUGUGAAUACUGCUUAUUUUCCACCCAACCCUAAGUCCAACCCACUGCAGAGAAUGUACCAGAAGCCAGGAGUGUUUGAUUACCAGCUCUACUUCCAGACACCAGGUGUUGCUGAAGCUGAACUGGAGAAAGACCUGGAGAAAACGUUUAAAUUCUUUUUCCGAGCUCCAGGGAAGCAGGACCAUUAUCCAGGGUCAGAGAAGAUUGGUGUCCAUAACGUCAGAGAAAGAGGUGGUAUGCUUGUUGGUGUUCCUGAUAAUCUACCAAGACCCUCCCUGCUGACGGAGAAAGAUCUGGCCUAUUACGUCAAGCAAUACAAGACAUCAGGAUUCAGGGGUCCCUUGAACUGGUAUCGGAAUGUUGAAGAAAAUUGGAAAGAUUCCCUGAAAGAUGUGGGUCGCAAGAUACAUGCUCCAGCUCUGAUGGUGACUGCGGAGAAAGAUCGAGUCCUGACUCCAGCAAGUAGUAAAUAUAUGGAGCCUUGGGUGCCUAAUCUGUCUCGCCUCCAUCUUGAGAAUUGUGGCCACUGGACUCAAAUGGAAAGAGCCAGGGAGUUCAAUGAAGGUCUCAUCAAGUGGCUCAAUGACAUCCAUAAGAAGGCCAAGAUCCAUGUGGAAUCUAGACUGUAAUUCUACUGAGCAGUUCACUGGCUCCAUGGCAACUUUGAUUCCAUGGCAACUGUGCAUCUCAAGAUUUGAGUAAUUGUUUGCAAACAGUAGCCAUAGAGGUAGGAGCACAAUGUCUGUUGAUUUUCAUACCAAUGCUACUUUGGGUAACUGUUUUUCUUUUGCCAAAUGAGUGAAUUACUGAAAUGUAAUCAGUGUAAAUGAACACUGUUCUGUUAGUUUGGAGUAAGAAGCAAAAUUGAAACCAUCUUUAAUUAUAAGAAAAAGCAAGACUGCGUAGCACUUAUCAUGAGACUUGGGGAAAAUAAAAGGUAAAGGAGUGCUCACCAGUAUCUUUCUUGUGGUUCUGUUUUGCUUUUUAUAUUCCUUCAAGUUUUAUUAUAAGGUCUUGUUUCUCCUUCGCUUCUCUUGAUUGGGCUACUUAGUGAAGGGAAAUGAAGUAAGAAUUAUACUGACAGUAUUUUCAAUUCAAAGAUUUGUUUUGUGAAGAUUUUUUUAUACAUUUCGAGAUUAUGUAAAAAUGUACAAAUAUGUUUGAUAUGAUUUGAAUAUCUAUUUUUGAUGUUAAUUGUAUACUAAGCUUAAUAUAAAACAAAUUCUAAAUGUAUUCUUAAGGAAUUUAGAGACAGGGAGUAGUCAUUACUGACAGAAAGAGAUAUGCACAAAUGUCAUCCUUCAAGAAUUAAUACAAGAGAAUAGAUGUAAGUCUAAUCUCUGAGGCACCUGCUGAUUAUAUCAUGACUUUGAGGAGAGGUUUCAUUACGUAGCUGCCAGUAUUGUUGUUAGUUUUGUUUGAUUAUGACACAGAUUUCCUCAGCUAGAAGUUUACCGGAGUCACUUCAGAUGGAAACUUUGUUGAAGUUUUUGAUUGAAAUGUAAAACAUUCUGAUUUAGGUGGACUGAUAAAUGGAGCCUAGAUCAUUGAAGUGGUGUCCUUGGUUGGAUUUGAACCUUGGUCAUAAAAGUAGAUGAGUAGAGAAGUAUCAAGAUCUCUAGCGAUCUGUCGUUGAGAAUAACAUGGAGAUUUGGUGUAAAGCAUGUGAUAACUGAAACAUAGUAAAGGGUCGAAUUUAUGAGAAAUAGUCAAAGAAAAGUAAAAAUCUGGUAUAUGGUACAUAUACAUGCAAUACGGAGUAUCAGUUACAAAGUCUUAAGGAAGUACACUUGGCUUGAGUUUUCCUCAUGAUGCCCAAUAAAAUCUACAUUGAUAUUGUUGCAGAUCAA